GUUUUUGUGGAAUGUCGUUCUGCAACCUGCAAAAUUGGAAAACCUAGAAGGCUAGAACCUGCCUUCUUUUUCCCCCAGUUCUGUAUUGAGUCUGCGAAUUAAGAACGGAGCCUGAAAUGCGCAUAUCUCUGUCGCGGCUGGGCAAUGCGUUGCCUUUUCCAAAGAUUUUCAGGCAGCUGGAGCAGGAGAUGGAAACUGUGAUCAGAGUACUGCAACCUGGACCCUUGGGGAUCACUGAGCACAAGUUCUCCGAUGAGGAAAUCCGCGAGGCCAAUGCCACUGUUCGUAGAGCUGUAGAGAAUUGGCGAAGAAAUGCAAGCCUAGAGCAGAUGAAUGGUGUCUUAAAAGAUUAUAUUCACAAGUGAUGAUGGAUCACUAUUUAUUUGAUACGAGAAUUUGAAAUUUUUGUAACACUCUUUUGUGGUGCUUUGUCAAAGUGUUAGAACAAUUGCUUGAAUUAAAUUUUAAAGAAAAAGUUUUUUAUCAG